CAAGAGACUAUUUCACAUCUCAUUGAAGUUAAAAACGAAAAUAUUAAGCUAUCGGAGCACAUAAAACAACUAGAAGCAAGUUUGGCUGACACGAAAAGAGUAUGUUGAAUUGUAGUUUAUUUUUAAGAAACGUAAAAUAAAUUCUAUGACAGAAAAUGCUUCUUAAUAGUACAUGAAUACCUCGUAGUAAUCGCCGCAAUCUUCUGUCCGUCUUCCUUGCGCCAGUUGCGCGAUUUCCCUCCUGCCACGACUUCAUUUCCCUACCAAGAAUUUUAUGAACCACAUUCGAAAAUUAUAAAAAAAUAUGCGCCACAUUAACAUGUUAAAAUUGCUACCCAAAAUGGAGACCUGUCUAAACUGCAAGAUAGAUAUGUUCAAGCAAAUAUAAUUAUAAUGAUAAAGUCAAGGAAGAUAAGAUGUGAAGGGAAUAUAGCAUGCAAGGAGAAUAUGAGGAAUACAUAUCAAACUUUGCAAUUGUCAGAAGAGAAGGAAAACUGGAAAUCUGAUAAAGAAAAGUUAAAACUAUGUCGGUCUCAAGAAAUGGAAGAACUGAAAUUAAGCUAUGAGAAAAGAAUAAUGGAAGCUGAGGGAGAGGUAGAAGAUAUCAAAGCAAAGUAUCAUGCACAAUAUUCUGAAUUUUCUAAAAAGCUCGAGAAUAUUCAAAAUGAAAAAUCAAAUGAAAUCAAUGUGAUUGUAUUUGAAUAUGAAGAAAGGUUGCAUAAAAUGGAAGAGAGAUUAAAUACAGCUGAAAGUGAAAGCCAAAAGAUUCGGGAUCGAGCUGCUGCUGAUGUAGUUCUUUAUCAAAAGAAAGUAUUAGCACUGGAACAACAGUACAACAACAUGAUUCGGGAUAAGGAGGAAUCACCACUGCCACUGCAGUCCAGCUCCUUAGAAAGUUAUGCACCUGGACCAGCAACAAGAAACAAGUCAUUCCAGUAUCAUAUUCUUUCCAACAUAAACCAGAACCAACCUUCAAGAACUCCUUUACGAUCAGCUUUAAAGAAAACCACAGUUUAUAAUUCAGUACAGUCCUCUGAUAAGGAAAAUAUUUUACAUUCACCCAGUGACUUCACAGAUCCUAAACAGGAUAUAGGACCAGGAGAUGGUAAACCAAUGGAAUGCAGUACUGCCAAGAUCUGUGCAGAAGCAUGUUCUGGUUCUCCUGGCAUGCUGUCAAUAUCAACAGAUAGAAAAAUGGAUGAGAGUAUUGUUGGAACUAGAAGUUCCAUUAGGCCUCAACUGCAAUUUGUGACCGAACCAUCAGAUUUUGUUGUAGUGGCUGAUGUUCCUUUAAAGCAAGGUGUUAAUCCAUCCACACGAGGAAGGAGAACAAGAUUUGCAGCAGCAAAGAAGCGGAAGUUGUUCAGUUCUAAUGUUCAAGAUACACUGUGAAACAAAUAAUAUAAUAAAAGAAUAAAAUGCCUUCACAGUAUUUAAUAUGUUACACCUAUCCAGGGAGCAAGCAUGCACGCUCCAACUACAGUCUACUGUUUCUGGUAACUUACUUUUUUGUUCAUAAGAUGUAUUCUGUUGUUCUCAUGAAUAAAUUAUUAAAAGUUGGUCUAUCAGAAUUUGAAUUGUUGUAGGCUUCCUCUAUCAGCCUCCAGAAAAAUAACACUGAAUGUCAGAAUGAUGCAUACUGAACUGAAAAUGGCAUUGGAAAAAGAGCUGUAGUCAGUUUUCAGGGAGCUAUCCCAGACCUGCUGAAGAAAAUCCUCCUAAACCUCAGAAUAAAGUGUCCAUGGGCCAAUAUUUGAACCUGGGGCAUCCUGUAUGCAAAGAAGAUUGCUUGGUCCCAAGUAAUGUUGAGUUUGUGUGAAAGCAAUGUCCAAUAGAAGAAUCAGAAGAGUUCCUUGUGUUAGAAGUCCAUGCUACAUAUUCAAGUUGAUAAAGAGAGAGUAAGCCUCCUUGAGGACUAUCACAUUCUGAUGGAUAGGAGGUUUGCACACCCCAAUGUCCCAGACAUCUAUGCUGGCAGAGUAUAUGGAGGAGGCCAAGACCCACGCAGAGUUGUAGUGGUAGUAAAGAAGAAGACGAAAGAGUAAGUUUGUGCCAGAUUAAAAUGCAUUGGAACUAUUCAGGAGCAAGCCAAGUCAACAGUGUUCACAUCUGCUUAUAUCCUAUUAUUCUCAUACUUCAAGCUUUUCAUGCUAUUUUAUGCAAUGAAGUUCACAUUGAAGACUGAUAUCCUACCUUCUACACAUUCUGCCAUUAUCUUCCCUACUG